AUGGCAGGGGACAGUUCUCUUUCGCGAUGUAUUUCUUCACUUGUCUCGUUGAGUCGGAAAUUGGGCAACAGAGAAUCGAGAGAGAAUGAGGGAGAGCAAAAAUCGUUAUCCAGUCGCUUAGUGGAUGUCUUCCUGCGUACGUGGGAUCUGGGUUUCACUGCCUUUGGUGGUCCACCUGUACACUUCCAGAUUCUGCAUGCCAGGUUCGUGGAGGGACAGGGCAACAAGGAAAAAUGGGUGGAUGAGCAAACUUAUCAAGAGCUCUUUGCCAUUUGCCAGGGCCUCCCAGGGCCAGGGAGCACGAAGAUGCUUUUCUGCCUGGCCCUUUUGCACGCAGGCUUUAUUCCCGCCCUGCUAGUGUUUUUCAUCUGGAGUCUUCCCGGCGCAAUUGGCAUGUAUGCCCUCUCGCUUGGUGUCCAAAAUAUCGGUGAUACCCUUCCCGAGCCGGUGUACGCCCUACUCUCUGGCCUCAAUGCCUCGACAGUAGGAAUCGUUGCUCUUGCAGCCGUACAGCUGGCCGACAAGGCGAUUCGCGAUAAAUUAUCUCGGAUUCUGGUAAUCUUUGGUGCAUGUGCUGGUCUCUGUUACAAUGCGCUGUGGUAUUUCCCUGUUCUGAUGAUUAUUGGCGGUUUUCUCACGGCGAUAUGGGAUGGGUGGUUGUAUCAGCAGUGUUGCAGGGCAAAGAUUGCUUGGAAGAAUCGCCAUCGUCAUCAAGGGCCGGAAGCGACAGAUAGUAACCUCACGGACGUGGAGUCUAUUCGGCUGGAAGAGAAUAGAGUGCAAGUUAACGGGAGAAUGCGACCGAGAAAGACAGCUCCUGCAACAGAAGGACCAUCACGAACCUCAACUGAGGCUACCAGUCCAAUGGAAUCCAUUGAAGAACCAUCGCAGCAACACAUUAUCCGGAUUAGGACUGGGCUUUUUAUCAUGACCCUUUUCUUUGCUUCCUUCAUCGGCAUCCUCGUCGCCAGAGGCCAGCUUGCCGCUCCGCCCCUGGUUAUGGACCUCUUCGCCAACAUGUACCUCGCGGGAACUGUUAUCUUUGGUGGAGGCCCCGUCGUCAUUCCCCUUUUACGCUCUUACGUCGUCGAUCCAGGCUGGGUCUCUAGUCGAGAUUUCCUAAUUGGUCUCGCCAUCAUUCAAGCGUUCCCCGGUCCUAACUUCAACUUCGCUGUCUUUCUGGGGGCGCUGGCACUGCAGCAUUCACGCUUUCCAACCAUCUUGGGUGCGUUCCUCGGUGGUUUAGGGAUCUUUUUGCCGGGAAUCACAUUGGCCAUUUCAAUCCAAAGCUUCUGGCGUGUAUUGCGGAAGAGGAAAUACGUGAUUGACUUUCUCAGAGGAGUGAAUGCGACUGCAGUCGGGCUUGUCUUUACUGCUGUAUACCGACUGUGGGAGAUUGGAUAUCUGACUGCUGAACGAAGCGAUGGGCAGAGCCUGGCAAAGGAGCCCUGGUGGGUGGUUGUGGCAGUGGUGACAUAUGCAGAGAGCGCGUGGUUUAAAGUGCCCCCAGCCAUGGCGAUUGUCAUGGGUGCCGUGCUAGGUCUCUGUUGGUAUGGGGCUGUGGGUCGCUAG